UGCAAGGCAGCCACUUCAGCGAAUUGUAUUUGAGAAAGCAAGCUUUUCAGAUACUUCAUUUAAAGGAAGUGCUUUGUGGCAGUGACUCCUGACAAAGGUGGGCAACAAGGUCUGUCUGAAGAACAUUUGUUUUUAAGAUUCAGCAAAUUUCCGACUGGAUGUCAGGCGCUGCUUGAAGAAAGCGGUGCUGGUAUCACCAUGAUCUUCCUUUUUCUGGUUGCCUGGAUUGCUCCCUGUAUAGUUAAUCAAUUUUUCAGUAGCUUUGCCAAAGCAGACGUUCAGAAAAAUUCCAAGCAAAUCAUCUGCAGUGUGCUAGGACCACAAGGUCCUCCAGGUGCUCCCGGAGCUCUGGGUGCUCCUGGGAAUAUAGGAAGGAUGGGUUACCCAGGAAAAGAUGGACGAGAUGGAGAAGAUGGACAGAAAGGAGAGCCGGGGGAUGAAGGUACCCAAGGCAGGAUGGGAAAUCCAGGAAAGUCAGGACCAAAAGGGAAACCAGGAGCCAUUGGCAAAGCUGGUCUCCGUGGUCUAAAAGGCUCCAAGGGCCCCACUGGAAAAAGCGGGCAGCCUGGAAAGAAAGGGCCCCGAGGAGCCCAAGGAGACCUUGGAAUGUCUGGCCCUUGCAAAUGCAAUGUCAAGAAAGCCAAAUCAGCUUUCUCUGUUGCUGUGACAAACAGUUACCCAAAAGAAAGGCUGCCCAUCAAAUUUGACAGGAUCCUCAUGAAUGAAGGUGGAAAUUACAACGCUUCCAGUGGGAAAUUUAUAUGCAACAUCCCCGGCGUCUAUUAUUUCACUUAUGAUAUCACACUGGCCAAUAAACAUUUGGCUAUUGGGCUGGUGUGUAAUGGUCAGUACAAGAUAAAGACUUUUGAUGCCAAUACCGGGAAUCAUGACAUUGCUUCUGGAUCAACAAUCCUUUCCCUAAAGCAGAAGGAUGAGGUGUGGCUGCAGAUAUUUUACUCAGAACAAAAUGGGCUGUUCUAUGAUCCCUACUGGACAGAUAGCAUUUUUACUGGCUUUCUGAUAUACGCUGAUCAGGGUUAUCUCAAUGAUCUAUAAAGGGCACUGCCAACCUCAACCUACCUAAUGGGAGACAAGAACCAUGGAAAAUUAUGUACAUUUAUCUUAGAAAAAGUCCUUCAGCCACAAAAGCAGACCUAAGGGGACAAUGGCCUAAAGCUCUCCAAAUAUUUAUAUAAUUAAUCUAAACCAUGGAGUUGCUUUGCCUCAGAUGGUACAGACACUUUAUUCUUUUCCAUAGACUUGCAUUCACGAAUGGUUUCCAAAUGAGAGGGAAGGGGAGAAAAAAAGAUAACAUUUUAUUGGUGGAUAUGACUCCAUGAUCUGGUUGGAAAGUUGUCUGUGAUUCUCAGUAUACAAGAUUCUUAUUAUCGAGUUUCUUUUUCUGCAAAACACAAAAGAAAGAAAUCUUAGCCUAUACCAACCAAUACUGAUGCUCCUUCUCUAAAGCAGAAAAAGAUACAUAUCCUGUAAUGUAAAGGAUAGUCAGAAAUUACUUAAACUAGAGCUGAAUUUAUCUGCCUACUUCCCGAUUGCCUGCAUAGGAGGACAAUUGCCAUUGAGCAUUACAGAAAUGUGCCUUUCAACAAGGCUAUCUUUAAUCAGGGAACCCAUAGAUGCAUCUGGAGUUCUUCUGCUGGUAAAGCAUGUGUUCCAUUGCUAGAAGUUAUGGCCCCUCCCCUAAAUUCAGGCUACCACUACAGCAAGCCUCU